CGUGAGGGAGCGAGCGGCGAGAGGAACCGAGGGAGGCGAGGGUAGUCCCGCGGUAUCCGCGGCCCCGCGCCUUCCCGCGGGUUUCUCUUCAGGGAGCGGCUUGCUUUUUCCACGGAGCCCCCGUGCCCCUUUCCGCCCCUCAGACGAAGUCCCCCGCCGCCCUCCGGCGGUAUGUCUCUCGGCCAGCGCCUGGUCCGGCUGGCCGCCCACCUGCAGGACCCGCGGAAAGUGGCCGCGUUCCAGCGGCUCUGCGGGGUGGAGGGGCCCUCGGGCUGGGCCGGCGCGGAGCCACGGGGGCCGGUGGCGAACGGUGGCCCCGCGGGCGGGCUGGCGCAUCCCGCUGGGAACGGGGCCGUGCCCGGCGCGGCGGGAACCCCGCGGCGCUGGAGAAGGAGGCCGCGCCGAAACUCGCUGACGGAGGAGGAGGACGGCAGCCAGGAGUUCGCCACUCGCAGCCGCUUCCUCUACUAUCUGUUCAGCCUGGGUACGGAGCUGGGCAACGAGCUCUUCUACAUCCUCUUUUUCCCUUUCUGCAUCUGGAAUGUGGACGCCUGGCUGGGCCGGAGGCUCAUCAUCAUCUGGGUGUGGGUGAUGUACCUGGGGCAGUGCACCAAGGAUGUGAUCCGCUGGCCGCGUCCUGCCUCUCCGCCCGUGGUGAAGCUGGAGGUCUUCUAUAACUCCGAGUACAGCAUGCCCUCCACCCACGCCAUGUCGGGCACCGCCAUCCCGCUGGCGCUCUUGCUGCUCAGCUACGGCCGCUGGCAGUAUCCCCUUAUGUUUGGACUGAUCCUGGCAUUCUGCUGGUGUUCUUUGGUUUGCUGUAGCCGAAUUUAUAUGGGAAUGCAUUCAAUUUUGGAUGUUAUUGCUGGAUUUCUGUAUGCUAUUCUUAUCCUGGCUGUCUUCCAUCCAGUCGUGGACCUGAUCGACAACUUCAACUUAACUUACAAAUACGCACCCUUAAUUAUCAUCAGUCUCCAUUUGGCCCUGGGCAUCUUCUCUUUCACCCUGGACACGUGGAGCACGUCGCGAGGAGACACGGCUCAGAUCCUGGGCUGCGGUGCCGGCGUGGCCUGCGGCUCUCACGUCAACUACAUGGUGGGUCUGCAGCUGGAUCCUCCUCCCCACGCCUUGCCCUUGUCUGUGUCCUCCCUCACCGUGACGGUGUUUGGAAAAGCCAUCCUGCGGUUGUUGAUUGGAGUCGUUGUUCUGUUGUUGACCAAAGUGGCCAUGAAGAAAGCCACGAUUCCGCUGGCGUGUAAAAUAUUCCGCGUCCCGCACGACGACGUGCGGCGAGCCAGGCAGCGCAUGGAGGUCGAGCUGCCCUACCGCUACAUUACCUACGGAAUGGUCGGGUUCUCCCUCAUGUUUAUUGUUCCUUGCCUCUUCCACUUCAUUGGUCUUUCCUGAUGCAGUUUGGUCACUUUGGGUAGGGAGAACUGAGCUAAGUUGCUUUUUGAAGAGGUGCACUAGUUUGCUAAGGGAAGGCCGGCCAGCUUGGUUUUUAGCAGGGUCUUCCUAUUAACAGCAAUACAAAGCAGGCAAAGCAUUUAAAGGGCUUUGCACAUCUCUGGGGAUGGUUUAGGGCCAGCAGUCACGCAUCAGUCCAGGAGAAGUGCUGACCUCUGUAAAUGCUCUUUUUGGACUUAUUGCUGUAACCAAGUCUGUGUGUGUGUGAUGCAGUGAAUGUAUCUGGGAUGGCUGCCAGUCUGUACCUGUCACCGUACACUGACACUUCAGCAGCUGUGUCUGACAGCUAAUCAGAAGGCUCCAUUCAUCAUCUGUUUGCCAUUUCACGGUGAUUAGUUCAAGCUGUUGGACCAUAGACUAUUAAAUUUGCUUUCUUUCCUGAAGUCCUGCUUCAAGGUAUUUCAGCUAACAGUUGUUUCUAACGGACCAAACUCGUACUGAGGUUGAAUUUUUCUAAACAAACAAGCAGAAGCCAUUUUCCUUAGCCCCCUUUGUGGAGAAAUAUGUCUGGAUUAGCAUAGAUAGAUAUCACUAGAGUACAUAUAAUUCAGGUACUGUAUUUUAUGGUUUAAUAACUGUGCCUUUCUGUUGCUAAAUUAAGAAAUGCCAUAUAUACUGUGAUGUAAAAAUGCCUAAUUUUAUUGAAAGUCUUACAUAAUUAGGCAGGUACUAAAAAAUGUUAUAUUGUCCAUGUUGCUGACAUGGUCCAAGUCAACCAGAAUGUUCAGUUUUUCCUGAUGAAAAUUGCAUAAAUUAAAUGACUCAUGAAUUGUGUCCUUGAGCUCAAGAUGUUGUAAAUGAACAAUAGUCCCUUUUGUAAGUAUUUUUAAUGUGUAUUGUAAGUUACUGCAAGAGGAUAUAUUUUUCUGGAGAUUGUUUAUACAGUGGAUGGAUAUUAAAAAUAAAUUAUUUAAACAUAUAAACAAUAAAAUCACCCCAUUCUGCAAAGAAGUGGGCUUCACUUAUUAUUCCAAACUAAUCUAGAAGGACCACUGCGUUUAGGUAUUUGGUUAGAAAAUAUAAUACUUAUUCUAGAAAAAUCUGUAUUUUUAUGCAUUAAUAUACUAUAUUUAAAGGUGAUUAUCACUUUUACCCGAUUUAGAUAGUUUAUAAGACAAUGUAACAAUUAAAGUAAACUUGUAAUCAUUCUGCUUGACAGACGGUGAGCAGUCUAGAAGGACAGUAUGGUCAAUGCAUGAACAGUUCAUGGUGUCUAAAUUUGGCAGGAUUUUAUUAUGUGCUUUUGAGCUUUCCAUGAUCCUUUUCCCUUCAAGUGUAACUUCACGUGCCUUUUUCUGUUUUGUUUUGUCUCAUUCAUGCGUUGCCUGAUCUGUUCUUUCCAGGUCAGGAACUUCAUGCAGGAAGCUCUGUCUCAGUGUCUGUCCAGACACAAAUUACUUAAUUUUGUAUUGUAUGUAUGUGUUUUUCAGAAAAAACAUCAUUUGGUUGGGAAAUACGGUGAUUAGAUGGAAUACAAACCCUACAUUUUUUGUAAACAAUACUUGGUUUUAGAACUUUGGGUUUUUUGUGUUGGAGAUAUCUCUAAGCUGUUAGUAUGUAGAUUUACAAAAUCACCUUCACUUUCUUUGAAGCAGACAAGGUCUAUGGUACACUGGCACUGGAUGAUGUGAAAAAUUUACUUUUCUGGUGCAUUUUUCCAGUGCAUCCUGAAUGCACUGCUAUGAAUGUAUUCAAACAGAGGCAUUCAGAACUGAGAGUGUGUUAAACAACUUCCAUAGCUGAAAAGACAUUACCCAGUAGAAAAUGGUUAGCUUGUUUCAGUGCUGAUUUCUCGAUUUGAUUUUUGGGUCUGUUCCUCUUUUGCAGUUCAAUGCUGAAUGUGCAGUAAAAGGUAAAUUGGUUUCUGGGGUUUUGAGAGUGGGAUUUCCACUGGUUUGGCCUCACACACCAAGAUAGCCAUGAAAUAAAUAGCUGGGGGAAUGUACACAAAAUGCCUUAUGCUUAAAGCCCUAAGCAAGUGGUGUAGUUUCAAUUAUAUUCAAUUAGUCUGAGGACUGUUAAAAAUAAUAGGAUAAUUUCUCUGAAAUUUAGGGCAUAUUCUCCGUAAAUAUCCUAGCUUUACAGUUUAUAGCAAAAAAUGUUUAAAUUUUAGCACAGAAAAGGUAAGUGAACAAAACUAAUUUUUUAAGGUACAUAUUGAACUUAUAGAAACUUCAAGUUUACCUCAUAAAGAGCAUAAUUAAAGCUGUAUUUUCUAGCUGUGCUUGCUCUCUUCUAGUAUUAAUGGAACAUGAGAUGUACUGUAGAGGAUCUGGAAGGUGUGAAAAAGAUCACACAGGGCUUUCAACAGGCUGAGGAAAACUGCACUGUAGCUUAUUCUGCUGUCAUAAACAUAUUUUUUAUAUUUUUAUACAUUACAUUGAGUAAGUUCAAAAUGUCACGUUCCAUGUACCAGUACCCAGGAAAUGGCCAUCAGAGUGUUUGUACAGCACCUUCAGCAGCUACUUCACUGAAGUUUACAUGAGAAAAAGUUCUACUGUUCUAUUUUCAUGUUUUAUAAGGGGUUAUGCUCGAGAGGGCAGUUAGCACAAAAAGUCAUGCAAUAUGAAUACCUUUAGAGAAUAAAGAAUCACAGACAUGUAAAUGCUUAAAAAUCCAAGUAAAGUAUUUGUACAGGAGUAGAAUUUUGUUUACUAAUAAGCUAAGAUUCCUUGGAAUUGGGCGUAACAAAGCAGCAGGUAAAACUGGAGCACUGUCUUUGCCCUAAUCUAUUCUUGGAGUUGAACAUGCAAAGUAUUUCUAGUGUUAGCACCAGCUGGUACCAAAUUCUUUAUUUAUAAAGUUAACAUAGCUUUAAGGGGUAGUCAACUGUCUUUCCAGAAGGACAGUAUGCUUGAAACCCUUUAUGAUGUGGUGCAAAAACAUCCUGUUACAUCCUGAACUCCCUCAGUCCCAGAGAGAAAUCCUACUUUAUAGAACCAGGUAAAAAAGCACAUUUAUUAAAAAGCUGCAGGCUAAAUUUGACUUAUUUUAAAAUAUUGUAUGAAAUAAACCUUAAAACCAACAGGCAGAUAGAGAGCAAUUUGACAAAAUUCUGUUUUCCAAGAGGUGGAAGAGACGCAAAUUCGUCUGAGACUGCCUUAAACAUAGGAGCAGGAUUUUUUCUGACCUGGCCCUCAGUCAGAACUGACAUGUGCAUUGCAUCUUGGGUGAGGUUUAGAAUCUGAUAUUUUGGAAAAAAGUUUCAUGUUUAUAAAAACUGUGUGAUCACUUAUGAAGCUGUUGGGUCUCUGAUCAGGAGGUGAAGGAGCAACUUGAAGGUAAAUUGGCAAACCAUAGGGAGCUGGGUUUUGUUUAUUUAUUUGGAUUUUUUUUAAGGUUAUGUACAGCAUUUCUCAUGGAAAGAAAAACCAAACAGAAAGAUUAAUUUCUUUUAAAAUGGCAUUUCCAAAUGUGAUAUAUGGCUUUUGUGUUUUUUUU